UUUUUGUCGAAGGGUUUUUGGGCCCAGGUAGACCUUUUUAUUGGGGUACAUUACAAUCGCUUUUUUCAAGCCCCUGUGAAAACCAAUAUUACCAUCAAAAGAUCUGCAAGCAGAAUAAUAAUGCCAAUGAAGACAAGAAUGAAUGGAAAUCAUGUCACAAAGUUAGACGUUGUAUUCUUGUAUCACCUGGUUGUGGAAGUUCUCUACAUGACAGAGCCGUUGAGAUUUUUUAUCAAAUUAAAGGUGGAAGAGUCGAUUAUGGAGAAGAACAUGCCCGACAAUAUGGUCAUUCGCGUUAUGGUCGCGAAUAUCCAGGAUUAUAUCCAGAAUGGAGUGUUUCUAAACCCCUUCACUUUCUUGGGCAUUCAUUGGGCGGUGUAACAAUUUGGAAACUUCAACAAUUACUCGCAAGUGAUAUUUUCCCAUCACAUUAUGAACCUCAUCCUGAUAUGGUUCGAUCUCUUACAGCUGUCUCGGCUCCAUUCAAAGGAAGCCAAGGUGUUUACAUAUUAGGAUCAUGCACAGAAAACGUAGGAUUGGUCCGUCCAUUUAGCUUUGGAGCUUGGCUUAGUAGAUUGGUUCAUAUUUAUGAAUAUUUGGAUAUAAAAUGGUUAAAAAAUUCGACAUAUGAUUUCAAUUGUGAUCAUUGGAAUCUAA